ACUCCUGCCGCCAUUUGGCAACGCCACCACAACCCCUCGGCACCUCCAGCCGGCCCCGGAGAGCUACGGGGGGGGAGCGGGGCGAAGCCAAGCGGCGUGGCCUCCACCCGGACCGCCCCCGUCCCCGUCCCCGGCUUCGGAGCCUCCCUCGGGGGUUCGGCGGUGGCUGUGGCCGGCGAGGCGUUGAGGGCCGUGGCGGUGCCCUGCGAGGAGGGCGAGGGACACGGGGCUGCAGGGGGAGUGAGGCGGGGAGGUGCGGGGCCGCUGCCUCCAUCCCCCUCCCGGUGCUGCCGGGGCCGGGGGGUGGCGGCGGUGUCGCCCCGCUGAGGUGAGGGCUGAGGCGGGAAGAAGGGGUGGCCGCCUGCGGGGCCGGGGUGGCCGGCGUGAGGGUAGGGGUGUGCAGGUGAGUGGGUGCUGUGGGCUCGGUGGUGGCUUCUCCAGGGUGCUGCCAUGCUGCAGUUAAGGUCGGGGAAGGUGGUGGCUGGUGGUGAGGCGGCGGAGAGGGUGGCUGCCAGGCUGAGUGCUGUGGGUGCAGGGGUAGGGGGUGAGCCCAGGGAGGUGUUGGUAGGCAAGAAGAGCUCUCGCCUGGCACUAAAGAGAGGAGCCGAGCAGUCCUUACCAUCAUCUGCACGCCCUGCUGUGCUGGCUGGAGUUUGCCCUGAGCGGCGUGCUCUUCUGUUGCCCAUGCAGAAGGAGCAAGUUGAGAGUCAGAGACUCCCCGGUAAGAAAAAACAGGGGAUCCAGUGCAGGGUGGCAUUGCCAAGUGAGAAGGGUGUCACCAUGCAGGUACCCCACACAGCCGUAUGCGAAAAUCGGGUGGCAGGAACCUGCUGGGAAAAGACUGGAAGCAGAAGGAUGGGACAGGGUCAACAGCCAUUUCUCUCACAAAUUACCCUGCAGAAGAAAGUCUCAGCAGAGACCGGUAGCCCAGAAGGGCUGAACCUCUCAGGUUUCCCAGAGGGUUUGAGGAGCCCAGGAAAAAAAUGCAAACGUUCCUAUAUGGAACUGAAAUUACAGAUCCCAACCUCGGAGGAGGAGCUUGACAGCACAGAGAGUAUUAUCCCAUGUUUGCCAGAAGCAGAGGUGCUGCAGCCUAGGAACAGGGCAUGUAGUACUGGAAUUAAAGGCAUUGGCUCCUUAAUGAUACUGAAACUGCAAAUCCCAGAUCUUAAAAAGAGUUUGGGGAAGGAGGAAUCGUCCUUGUCUGAACCUCAACCUUGGGAAGUGGUAGAUAACACAGGGAAGAUGAAUCUGUGUUCUUUAAAAGGUUCAGAAAAGACCAAGGAACAAGGAAAUAAAUGCUUGAGAAAGAAAAGCAGUACAUCUUUGGUGAAAUCAAAACUACAAGAACCAAGAAAGAGAGGUGGAUCUGCCUUGGUAGAACUCCAUACAAAGUGUCUGGAGUCCAAGAAGAGGGCUCUGAGUCCGAAGAACAGGGACUUGCUGCACGUACAGGGUGUAAGUGGCCAAGAACAACCAACAGCCAGAGGAAAGCUGCGCAAGCAUUGUGUGAUAGAGCAGCAGCAGAGCUCAGACCCUCAGAAAGGAGCAGAUAGCCUGAGGAAAAGUGCAAAGAAAAAAUGGAAAAAAAAUGAGCAAGACUCAGGUACACAGGCUGUGAAGAGUUGUAAGGCAAAUCUAACUAACUCAGAAGAUCCCAAUGAGAAGGAACCUCGCUACUCUGAAUCUCCUGCAGCUGUUGCUUUAGGUGGGACUCAAAACAAGAGUUUUCGUUGUCAUCCUGAAGCAAAAAGGUCUGUUGCACAGCUUAAAAAAAGGAAAGCCAGAAUUGAUCAUAUCGCGUGCAUAUCGAGUGUAGCUGCAGCAGAAAAAGUGAUAAAUAAAUCUGCAGAACGUGUUGCUGACCAUUGCAGAAACACCCUAAAGCAUUGCAACAGCUUGCUCUGCAUAACAAGGAAGAAUCCAGUUGUGAGAUUAGAGGUUUGUAGUUACAUCAAUACAUUUGUGAAAUCAUUUCUUGGUGGAACUGUCAGCACUUUUGAUUUAAGUAAAUUCUUCCAUUUAGCCCAGCGUAAGAGAAAAGCUGCUUGUCCUGACAGAACAGUAGAACAGAGUGAAGUGAAUUGCAGCACUAACACAAUGCAAAAAGAAAGCUCACCCAUAAAAAGUAGUUCGUUGUUUAAUGAAGAAGUAAAACCUCAACAUAAAGAAGGGCAUCUUCCAUGCCGUCAGAGUCAAAGCAGUAAGUUUUUGAGUGAAAAAAAAACGAAUGUUGGUAGAAAGCGUGCAAAAAAGAUGAAAAUCAGUGAGAUGUCAGCUGUGCAGAAUGUUUUCACAAAUGUGCCUGAUGAAUGCACCAAGUGUGAAUUAAAGGCAGACGUUGCCACGUCAGGCUCCUCUGCUGUCUUAGGACAAAACCGUAAAGAAAUGACUCUGUCAGAUUCAUGGGAUUGUACAGCAGAUCUUCAUACAGGAAACAAUACUCGUGAAGCACAAGAGGCAUCAGUACAGGGAAAGAACAGUACCAAAUCACUUGCAUUUGAAGGUGGCUUGAAGAAGACAUCCAGGCUCUCUGUAGUAGCAGAAGGAGAAGCUUCAAGCUGUGAGGCAGCACAGCAGCACUCUGCUACCUCAGGUAGUCUGAGGGCACUAACUCAGGCCCCUGGUGUUUCUAAUUGUCUAAAAAGCAUGACAGAUGGAAAAGUGAAUAAAGCUAAUAAGAAACUGUGUCAGUUUACCUGUCAAAGAACACUGCCUAUGACUGGUAAAAAUGUUUGGCCUCGUGAAUCUUGUGCCAGGACUUCUGAAUGGGUUCCCAAAAAUCACUGGUCCAUCUCAGAAGGAAACAGACUUCUAAGUCCAGUCUUUGAGGGAUCCUCUGAUCCAAGCAGCAUCAAAGCUGUAGGAAACAGUGCUGUGACAGAAAAUUCGAGGCAGUUGGAUUUGUGUACAUCACUGGCAGAAGUUAAGGAAUGUGCACAUGAAGCAGUAGACCUAAAUGCCAAAUGCCCGACUUCGGUUGAAACCCCAGAAUCCUCUGCUAUGGAUAUUGAUGAGAGUUGUGGAAUGAGCAAUAAAAACGUGGAAUCACCAGUUGAUAUGGUUAGAAGUGCUCUGGCUUUUAACCCUGAUGAUAUGCAAGAAGUUAAAGCGACCUCAAAUCUUACAGCAAAACCAAAAAAUAAAAACAAAGGAGUUGUAACAAAGAAAAGUCCGUCUGUGACAGUCCAGAAUAAUCCAUCUACAAGUAACAAAAGCAGAAUAAACUUCAGCCCUAAGGCACCGGUUGUGAACCAGGCGCUUCCUGACGUAAAACUAGUGAAAGCAUUGAACACCAGAAACCUGACAAAUUUCAAAAUUCCCUUACGCAGAAACAAACCCGAAUCCAGGAAAUCGGAAUGUGUCAGUUCAUCAGGAAGAAAAGCCUGUAGCCCACUAGAGCUCCUUGACAGCUCUGAUGGUUCACAAAGGCAGAAAACAGAUGAGGAGACUUCGGUAAAUUCUGAACAGCAGCCUCUUCCUGUGGCUAGUGAUGCUGCAUCUACAGCUUCCAUGAAGAAAAAUGCUGGUAAGGUCAACAGUAAGGACUUGCAUCACGAUGGCUCUGAAACCCUUUCAAAGGAGAUGCCCCCGCUCCCUGAACACGCCUCCUCAUAUCCGUGUCCUGCUCUUGAGAGGCAGCAGGAGUCAUCUCCACGUGGCUCCAGUGCUACUGACUGUGGGUGGAAGACGAAUUUUCCAGAGCGUUCAGGGAAUGCAGUUGACCCUCCUGCUGCAUUAGAAAUCCGUGAUGGUGGCAAAUCAGGAGUGAAUUGUUCAAAGCCCAGAAGUGAUUUUUUUCCAGAUGUUCUGGAAGCUUACAAAGAAGAUGUUCUUGUCAUUGAUGUGAUUCAGGACGACCCUGAUCUUUUUGGAGCCAGUGACGAAGAAGAGUUUGCACUCACAGCCUGUGAAAAUUGGCCCGCGAAGGCAUCCUGUGGUAGCAUCUUCAUUAAAGAAGAGAAGCAGAAUAAUAAGCCUGAGUAUGCUGUGAUUUCAGAAAAUAGAGGUUCAGUAAAUGCUAAUUUUAGAGACCUUACCGUACAGGAAUCUGGGAUGUUGAAUCAUGCUGGAAAUUCACAGGAUUUGGCAAUAAAAGCUACAGAUAUUAAAACCCAUAAUUCAUCCAGUAGAAACAGUCCUUUGCGAGGUGUUACAGAGGGCUCUUUUGAAGAUGGCCAACUGAGAAAGCAAGAUGGAUUUCUAAAGAGUUUUGAAAUUAAUGAAAAGUUCAGGUUUGAAGAUGGAGUGGCUGCUCUUGAACCAGAAGAAAAAGGUGAAGCAGAAAAAAGUGACUGUAAAUACACAGACCUUAUGAACUGUGAGCUGCUCUCAAGAUCUCCACUGCAUGAACCGAAAAUAGAUGUCCUCGAUGAAAGUACAGUGCUGAAACCCAGGAAGAAUGGAAAAGACCUUUCACUGCCAUUGCUAAACAAUGGAGAUUCUGAGCCAUGGACAACAGACAGAAAUGCAAAAGCUUCUCAUUCAGUCCAGCAGAUCCUGGAGAUGAUUGAUAUGCCCCGUAAAUAUUGCAGAUAUUAUUUCAUGAGUUUGCGUGGCUGUGAAAGGGCAAAAUGUUGGUUUCGGCACGUUCCUGAACAAAGACAUGAAAAGAUUUGCAUGGCAAUACUUAAGACAUACAUUAGUAUCAAUGAAUCAGGCCUUCUAAAACGUGCAGUCCAAAUAUUUGUCAGGUAUUACAGAGAAGUUACUCCUGGUGAGGAUUUUGAUUUUCAAGUGCUGAAUGAUCUUCUUAUUUGUUUGCUCAAGAACUGUUUGUUGCAAGAAGUGUUUCAGAUACUGCGGGUAGCUGUACAGAUUAAUAUACUGCCAGCUGUGGAUGUUCUUCUGAAAGUUUUCGAGCACGUGGCUUCUUUGAAUAUAAGAAAUGCUGUGCCUACUUUAAUCAGUACCUUUCGUAAGCUCGUUGAUGCUGGUAUGUUUCUUGAGUUUGAACAUUUUAAUUACAUUACUAAACUCCUUCAACAAUUGCAAGUUUCCAGCCAGGAAAUAAAUGUUGUUUUGAAUAUAAAAUCCAGAUAUCAGGAAAGACAUUUUAAAAACAGCUGGCUCUUUGACUUCAAUUUGAUAAUGGCUGAAAUUCAGCAUUGCAAGGAAAAAAACGAUUGGAGUAAGAUGGGAACUUUGUAUGUUAAUGCAAGAACUGGAUGUGAACAUUUUGAUGAUCUUCAGAAAUUGUCUUUAUGUAUUACUGAAAUACUAACAAGAGAUUCUGAGAAAGACAGACCAGGAGUUCCUUUUUGCGAUUUUGCUGAUGCAGUAAUAACAAACCCGACGUGUAAUGAAGCAGACAGGGUUUUCAUUGGAAGGACUGGGAUAAGCAUGAUGAAUUCUUAUCGCAAAGUGCUACAGUGGAGAAAGGGAAGGAAGGUUUUGGAUAAAUUGCAUGAGCUACAGAUAAAUUUUACAGUCUUGAAGGGACUUAUGGGUGCAGAGAACUUAGCAUCAAGAUGCCAAAUUGUUAAUAAUGCUGCAGAAAUUUUUCUUAAAACUGGAAGUUUGGAUGGAGCGACAUGGGUAUUGAGAGAGUCAGAAUGGACCACAAAUACACCACUGUGGCCCUGUGAUGAAGAGGACAUCCUCAAUAGGCAUAAUCUGUUAUAUUCACUAGUGCACAACUACAUGAGGCAGAGUUUAUACAGACAGGCACUGGAAGUUCUGCAGAAUUUACCAGGUUUCCAAAAUAGUACUGAUACUGUUGAUGUUUCUCAGUAUGGCUGCAUUUUUAACCUGCUGAUAAAAGCCUGUUUUGAGAGCAAGAACCUUGGGGUCUCGUCUUCUGCAGUAGACUUCAUGCUUUCAAAAAAUAUAGCUGUUGAUUUUUUUUUACUGAGGGGAUUAAUCACAGGUUUGGGAAGAAGUUGUUUGUGGAGUAAAGCUAGAACCUACUACAAAACUGCUUUGUCACUGGGUUGCUACCCGCCACUAGAGGGAAAUUUACAUCACAAAAUCUUGCCAAUUCCUUUUUACGUGUCUGAGAUUGAGAUGCUGUUGGCCAUUGAAUUAUUCCUCGUUUCAAAUGCCAGCGAUAUUCAAAGUCCAGGGGCUACUACUCAGUCUCUUCAAAUAAUACUGAAAAGAUGUGAAGACCAGACAGUUCAGAAUAACAGUGACUAUCAAGCAGGAAUGGAGAGACUUAGCCUGGCUGCUCAUGUGUCUGAUCCAAGGCUUUUUCUUAAGCGUAUGACAGUGAAUGUUAAUAUGGAAGAAGUUUACAGCUUGGAGCAUACAUCUGCUCUAAAGUGGCUUCAGGAGAAUAUGAAAUGGGCUGGAAAGGUCUGGCUGUUUCAGUAGUCAUUAAUUAAUAAAUAAAAAUAAAGACUUUGGGGGAGGGAGUUCAGUGGUUUAAGCGAUCAUUGUUAAAACUAAUAAAAAUUACUAAAGGUAUUUGCCACUGUGUUCAGCCUUACUAACUUAGAGCAGGGCUUCAAAACUCAAGUUGUAUUUUUAUGUAUUUAAUAUCGAUGAUGAUGCAGAUAGUAGGACGAAAAGAGCAUUUUACACACAGUAAAAAGCAGUGAGAAUAAAAUACCUUCAAAAUCAUUUCCCACAUGAGAUGUGCCUGACUUAGGAUACCUUUCCUUCACAGAACUGAGAGUCUACACAAGUCGCUCACAGCUGAAGGUUUGGCUGUGUCUAGAUAACUGCCUGUAUAUGGCUUCCCAUUUGUGUAUCUGUGCAUUUUCACUGAAAAGGAAAACUUUCUCUCUCCCUUGAUGGUGCUUUUAGAGAAAAGUGUUUUCUGCCUUCACAUCUGAUAAUUGACUUUACCGUUUUAAGUUUUUUGCCAACUGUAUGAUGAGCUGGAGGCUUGUAGCAAGCUGCUUGUAGCAUUCCUAUUUCUUCAGGAAUUCUUCCAUCUGAUACCACUGCUCAUCCAGUCUGUCUUAGAGGAGGCUACUGGAGGAAGGAAGAUUCGAGUCUGAUGACCUCUGAGAUCACUGUCCCACCUGUACAGAAAAAUACAGGGAUAGAAGCUCUUAUGUUUUUGCAGCUUAUCGUUCUUCUGUCGGGAUCUCACCUGCUUUCCUCAUAAAAACUAGCAGAUUCGGUAGUAACAAUCAGAUGGUAUUUCUUUAAAAUCCGUGUCCUUGAGAAACAAUUGGCACUAGUUCUGACAGAGCUUGGGUUCUACCACUCGGUGUUCUCUGAGAUGGCUCUCCCAGUUGCAAGGCUACCCACUUAGUCAAAUCCAGUAGCGUUCUGCUGCUUUGUUCCCUAGUAGCUGAGUGCUGGAUAUGAUGGAUAUGAGGUUUCAGAUGAGAAAUCUGAACUGACGUUCUGCCAGCCACUCCAGCAUUACAGGCAAGAGCAAUUUUGGAGAUUUCAACAAAUUAAAACUGGCAAUGUAGUCAACAGUAAGAAACUAAGUCAGUUUUGCUAAUUACUUCUUGUAAGAUCCUUUGUAGCUUAAUCUUCCUUGGAAUUAGUCGGAAGCUAUCUGAACUUCAGCUAAAUCCCACAUUUCUGUAAGCAGUACCAGAUGUGGCUAAUACUGUGUUUGAGAGAUGCAGGAGGACAAAAUUCUCUCAGUAAUCCUUAUGGCUUCAAAGUUUGGGAUGUUCUAGGGACAGCAUUAUUUUUCCAUUAUAAGUAACCUUGAAUUUUUGCUUAGAUCAGCCCCAGAAAAAAAAAUACCCAAAUGUUGAUUUAUUCUUCAGAGAUUAGCCAUCGACUUUCCAGGUUAGCUUGGAACUGUGGAAAGUUUGUGCAAUGUUUUGGCUCCAUCCCCUGAGUACCAUCUUCAGCUGAUGUGAUGCAAUCUCAGUCAUAUUUUAUAUCAACAGGCAAAGCAGCCUCCCCGCAUCACUGCUAAGAAGUUCUGUUAAAACUGGUGGGUGCAUCAGGAUCCAGCUGUUUCUCCCUAUCACCAUGAUACACCAGAAGGCAAUUUAAAUAGUUUUACUGUUAAGUCUUGUAUCUCACA